CUGAAACCCCGGAGCUUCAUGGGAUGCCUUAUAAAGCGCGCUCCGCCGGCCCGCCAGCCGCUCCGGGAGCUCCCGGUACGUGCGGAUCCGCCGCUGCCGCCGCGCACGGACCAGCCGCCGCCGCCGGUGCCCCGGAGCCGCCGCGCUAUGGAGCCUCCGGGCACGGCAGGGGCACCGGGCGCGGCGGGGCGGCCCUGGGAGGAGGCCAAGGCUUUCUACGACAGCCUGGCCCCCAAGAAGAAGCCCAAAUCGCCAAAGCCUGAGAACGCCAUCACCAUCGCGGUGUCGUCGCGAGCGCUUUUCCGCAUGGAGGAGGAGCAGAAGAUUUACAACGAGCAAGGGGUGGAAGCCUAUGUGAAAUACCAGCUGGACCAUGAGAACGAGCCCUUCCUCCCUGGGGCUGCCUUCCCCUUCGUCAAGGCGCUGGAAGCAGUGAACACGCAGCUGCGUGAGCUUUACCCCGACAGUGAGGAGCUCUUUGACAUCGUCCUCAUGACCAACAACCAUGCCCAGGUUGGGGUUCGCUUGAUCAACAGCAUCAACCACUAUGAUCUGUUCAUCGAGAGGUUCUGCAUGACGGGAGGGAACAGCCCCAUCUGUUACCUCAAGGCCUAUCACACCAACCUCUACCUCUCCUCCGAUGCUGAGAAAGUGAGUGGGGCCAUUGAAGAGGGGAUCGCUGCAGCCACCAUCUUCAGCCCCAGCAAAGACCUGGAGGUGUCGGAGAACCAGCUGCGGGUGGCGUUUGAUGGUGACGCCGUGCUCUUCUCUGAUGAGUCGGAGCAGAUCGUGAAGGCUCACGGCUUGGACAUGUUCUUUGAGCAUGAAAAGGCUCACGAGAACAAGCCUCUGGCACAGGGACCCUUGAAGGGCUUCCUGGAGGCCCUGGGGAAGCUGCAGAAGAAGUUCUAUUCCAAGGGGCUGAGGAUGGAGUGUCCCAUUCGCACCUACCUGGUCACUGCCAGGAGCGCAGCCAGCUCGGGAGCUCGGGCCCUAAAGACUCUGCGCAGCUGGGGCCUGGAGACGGAUGAGGCUUUGUUCCUGGCUGGGGCUCCAAAGGGGCCGCUGCUGAAGAAGAUCCGUCCUCACAUCUUCUUUGACGACCAGAUGUUCCACGUGGAGGGAGCCAAGGAGAUGGGCACUGUCGCCGCCCACGUCCCCUACGGCAUCGCCCAGAAGCACAAGCGGCCGGCGCAGGAGAAGCAAACCCCGAACAGCAAGUAGCGGAGCUGGCUGGUCCCGCAGCCCCCAGCGUGCGGCACAGACUUCACCCCAUGCACCACGCUCUGACCUGGGUUGUGGUCUGCAAGGCAGAGAGCAUUUGCCCUGGUGAGCGUGAGGUUAUUCCCCAGCAGGAGCCUUGUCGGGGGCAUGGAUGGAGGAGAGGGCUGACGAAAGGCUUCCUUUCGGCUCUGUAUUUGUUGCAAUGUCGUGGCAUUGUCCCCGUUCCCUGUGGGGCUGGAGGCUCUCCUGCGCCCGGCAGCUCCACCAGCCGUUUCCCUGUUUGUCCAUGCUCUGCACUUGCUUCAGGCAAAAUCCCUCGAGGAUGGAUCUCGCCUUUUGUGGACUGUUUGUGCCAGGCAGGUUUAACCUAUUGGCUUUUCUUUAAACCCCCAGGUAAUUCCCAAAGCCUUUGAUUUACAAAGCAAAUGUUCAGGCUGAACUGUUGAACUGGAAAGCUGGGAGCACACAGAAACCCUUCUUGCAGCUUUGAAACAAAAUGUUGUGCUUUUUAACUAAAAUUAAACCAUAAUAUUGUCCCUUCACAGACCCAGUCCCUGCUCCCCAACCGGAAAAUCUUUCAUGUCUUUGUCCUUUUACCAAGAUUUUGUCAGCUGACUAGCUUUCCUUUCAUGCGCUAAAAUUUGGAAAAAUAGAAACAAACACUUACAUAUAUUUAAAAAAAAAAUCCUGUUUCCUGCUUGGAGCUUUGGGCUAGUGUAUUGUUGGCCCAGGUUUUUAAAUUUGGGUUUCACAAUUGCAUGGGUUAGCACUUAAAAAUAAUAAUCUCAGUGAGGCAUCCAAAGCCCAGCUCUUGUGUGAGCCGUCCAGGGUCUGCAGUCACAUGCCUAGGGCUUGAAUUAAGUUAAAAGCAGGCCCUAAUAUAUUAGGGACAUCAUUUGAAGUCCAUUUAGGUAAAUCUGCAGAGAAUUUCAGCCUGGGGGUUUUAAUCAAAGGAUUUUUUCCCCCUUUCUAGGCUGAGCCCAUAUGAGUUGAUAAUCUCUUUCUCCUCAGCUCCUUAAAACCUCUGGUGUUUCCUAAAAUAGACACCUCUGCUAGUGAUGCUGUGAGAGAGAACCAAAUCUCUGAUUAAAAAACAGGAAGAGAAAUCAAUUGGAGAGCUGCUCCGAAAUCGGUGUGAAAAUCACACUGAUGUUUCUGCACAAAGCCCUGUCCCAAAGGACACUCUCAGGAGAAAAAUUUGAAGACUACUUCUUUCUUGUGGGGUUUUUUUUCUUUUCUUUUUUUUUUUUUUUUUUUAGGCAGUAGACCCCAUGGUUGGGCAUGAAGGCUGCCCAGUGUCAUCAGGUAGUAGUUUUCUACGAACACCAACUCCAUGGGCUGAAGUUUUCCAAGGUAUGUGUCUGCCUCUAGCUCAACUUUGCAGGGAGGUUUCAGCUAAAACAGCUCAGCCCUUCCCAACAGCGAGGCUAGAGCUCGAGUUAUCACACUUUUGACAAAUAUAUAAACAAGCUGGUGAUGCCUUCAGUGGCUCGGGAGACUGUCUUCUCAUUGCACUAAAUCCUGCUCUAGCAGUGAAAAGCAAAUUGCACUUUCCCCCCCCCCCAAACUAUUUAACUUUGUUAACAGACUGUUAUUUGUCACGUCUGGGUGACAAGCACCUUAGAAGAAGGUCUAAAAUCGAAACAAACAAAAAAAGUCUUGAAAGUAUUUCGGUAACACAUCUAUUAAUAUACAGGUUUAUAAAAAGGUCUCAUCUUUUUAAUGUGAACCCCAGAUAUUGGGAUGUGAACUGUAUCUCGGAGACCUUUUUGGCAGCUGGGAGGGGGAGAACAGCCUGGCCUCCCAGUAAACAUUUCCAAGGUGUUUCCUGAAGAUCGCAUCGUGGAAGCCCAGCCAAGGCCAGCUCGCAAAUGGGCUGCACUGGGGCCUCCCGCCAGCCCAGGAGGUGAUGUUGCGAGAGGAAUAGGGUUGUCAGCAAGCCCUUAGGAACCCCCGGCCAGGGCAGGGUGCUGGUGAGAUCAGAUACAGGGUACAAGCACAGCCACUGGGGAUGGGUGCUCGCACUGGGUGCCGUGAGGCAUGUGCGCUUUGGAUGAGGAGUGUUGGCAGGGCUGGGCUGUGCAGGAGGAGAUGCCCUGUCUGAAGGUGCUGUUAGCUCCAGGGAAGCAAUGUGUUGUGGUUUUGGGACAGGGCCCUGGAUCUCAGCAGCUUUCACUGCUGCCUUUCUGGGCCAUGAGAUGCACAGGGAGCUGGGUGCAAGCUGGGGGGCAGGGGCACAGUGCAGGCAGGAAUUUUAGUGACUGCUUAGGGUCCUCCUGCUGCCAGGGCAGCUUAGGGACUCGCUGGGAGACAUGGGGCUCGGGAAACGGGCUCCAAGUGAGGUAGAUCUCCCUUUGCACCUCUUGAGUCCUUCCUGUGUGGGGAGAAUUUUCCGUUCCUGCAAUGGCUGCCCCAUUUGCUUUUAUCCACAUGGUUUCCUAUGUUGGUUUUUUUUUUUCUCCUGCGUCACUACAACUGGCAGAUGUGGAUUUGCUGCACUUUCCUCAUGUGCCCAUCCGUGACAUCGCCUCGGGCUGGGGGAGCAAAGCAAUCCCCAGGACUGGCUGCAUGGGCUGGGCACAUCUCCCACCCUGGUGGCCCAGUGUGGUUGUGCCUCUUGUGCUGCACUGGCCGACGACUGGACUUUCCCGCUGUGUGUUGUUGCUGUGGGUUUCAUUUCAUUGUCCUCCGGCGGUUUUUCUUGUGAAUGGACUGCCAUGUUAAUGAAAUCUCUCUGGGUGUUUUUCUGUAAUAAAUUGUGUUGGUCCCA